GAAGAUCGAUAUACGAUUGCCACCGUCUGGUCCUCAGUCAGUCCAUGGAAAACCUUACUCAAGAAGACCCCCUCUCUCCGUUCGUUCGCUUCUCAUCACCCGGCGACCUUGCCCCGGACCUGCCGUCCCUCCUCGACCUUGCUGCUCGCGGCCAAUGGCGAUCCGUACUUGAUAAAGUCUCCCGCGCCCGCACCACUUCUGUCCUCUCCAAGCCCCACGACCACCUCGUCUACCUCUCCUUUAAUGCCCUAGCCCUCCACAAGCUCCGCCGGUUUGCCGAUGCCUCCCUUGAGAUCGACUCCCUCUCCCCCACUGAGAACAACCCCGAAGACCCUUUCGACCACCCGCGCUUCCUAUAUGACUCUUACCCCGAAACCUACCCUUCCUUCCGCGGCUCCAUGCUCCCCUUUUCUAUCCGCCUUCUCUACGCUGAUCUCCCUCAGCGCAUCGGCAACCGCUCCGAGACCCUUGACCGCCUCUACUCCCUCCUCGCUUUCACUCGAGCCCGAUCCGGCGACAGCUGGCGCCGCCGCGAGGCCUUCGUCCUUGGCUCCCUCGCUUGUAACCAUUUCAUCAACCGGGAAUUUGACGUGGCACUCGCUUUAAUCCGCGAGCUCCUCGUCGCGAAUCCCUCCGAUCCGUUUCUUCUAUCGCGGCUCGGCUAUGUUCAGCUUCAGAUUGGGGACUUGGACGGUUCGAAGGAGUCUUUUGCACAGGUGGAAGCGAUGAAGUUGAACGGAGCGGAGUUCCAUAAUUUGGUGGGGAGGAAUAAAGCGUUGGGUUAUGUAGUCUCGAAAGAUUAUGUUUCGGCUGUGAGGGAGUACGAGGAGUGCAUUGAGAGGGACCCGAGUGAUGUGGUGGCGGCGAACAAUAAGGCUCUGUGCUUGAUGUAUUCCAGGGAUUUGUCGGACUCUAUUAAGCAACUGGAGGGGACAUUGGAGAGGGUGCCAACUGCGGCGUUAAAUGAGACACUGGUGGUGAACCUGUGCAGCAUGUAUGAGCUGGCCUACGUUCAACAUGGGGAUAUCAAGAAGAGUUUGAGCAAUUGGAUUGCUAAGGUUGCACCCGAUGAUUUCGAUCCUUCCUGUACUCGCGUAUGAACUAGGUAUUCUUGUCUUUUUUUUCUUCUUUGGUGGUUUUCUCGAUUGGCUUCAUUUCAAGCUCAAAAGCAAGGUCGGUAGUUGUCUAUGAAGAUUAUAUCUGCUUGUGAUUCAGGGAUUUUAAUGUAACGAUCCUUGUUAUUCUUUUUGUGGAAGCACAAUUGGAACUCAAUUAUGAAUUGAAGCGCAACGGAUGAACAGUAAAGUUGCUUGAAAUUUGAUUUGUAAACUCCCAAGUGAUCACAGACUAGUUUAAAUCAUACUCCAGGAAGAAAAUAGGUGUGUGAUGUAUCAAAAAAUUAUAUCAUGCCGCUGUAAUAGCUGAAGUUAGAUACUUUUAGUUCCAUGAUAAGAUUUUUUGGAUAAUUUUAUUGAAAAUUAAACGGGGUCACCUUACCAAAUAUUGUUUGGGAACCUCUGAGGCUUUAUUUCCUGUGCAGGACUUCCAUUUUGGUUGUAAUUCCUAUUUGUUUUGAUCUUUACUUA